AAGAACGUGAAUGAUGCUCUAACGUCCGACAAACGUAGACUAGUUGAGGUCCCUUACACGGCUUCCUUAGCCCAUACCAUGAAUGCUUUUGUGGCUAACCGUGUUGUUGCAGUCCCUGUAGCAGCACCACCUGGACACUGGAUCGGGGCUGGAGGGUCUAUGAUCUUGGAAGAAGACAAACAGACUGGAUCUGUUAGAAAACAUUAUAUUGGGAUGAUUACUAUGUUGGAUAUAUUAGCACAUAUUGCUGGAGAUUAUAAUUCUGGUUCUAUUCUUGAUGAAUCUACACUUGAACAGAGGAUGUCGGUUCCUGUUUCUUCUAUUAUUGGUCAUUGUCUUGAAAGCCUUAGCUUAUGGACCCUUAAUGCUAAUACCAGUGUUCUUGAGUGUAUGGAAGUGUUUAGCAAAGGAAUACAUAGGGCAUUAGUCCCUAUAGAUGGUAAGGCGGAUAACCCUACCGGUGUUGAGCUAAUGGAUUCAGCCUCUGGUUAUAGAAUGCUCACUCAAAUGGACCUACUUAGGUUCAUCAAAGCUCAUGACAAUGAUCUCAAAUCCAUACUCUCCCAUUCCGUCUCUGAAGCAGGGGCCAUAAACGACGUCGUUUUUGGUGUAACCGCGAAAACCAAAGUGAUCGACGCCAUCAAGUGUAUGAGGAGUGCUUCACUAAACGCGGUUCCCAUUCUUGAAGUUUCCGAGACCAUGGAUGACAAUCAUACCCAACUCAUCAACGGGAAAGGAAGGAAGUUGGUGGGGACUUUCUCCUCCACGGAUUUGAGGGAAUGUCCGAUUGCUCAGAUGCAUUCGUGGCUAUCGGCGAGUGUUCUAGAUUUUACUGAGAUUCUAGGUUCGAUUUCCAAUUCUAAAGGCGGGGAAUCGGAUAUGGGGAGUGCACCGUGGGAACUUGUGACAUGUUGUGCGGGAACAACCUUAUCGGAGGUGAUAGAUAAGGUGGUUUCGAGUCAUGUCCAUAGAAUAUGGGUUGUGAAAGACGAUGAUAAAGGGUGCCUUGAUGGGCUUGUUUCGCUAACCGAUCUAAUAAAAGUCAUUAGGGCAGCCGUGAUCGCAGAAUCUCGAUGAUUGCCUUAGUUUGUGAUAUUACUUUUGUUUGAGAUAAUCAUGUGUUUGUGUUUGUGUUUUGUUUAUGUUUAAUUUGUUUGUUUUAAGGGAACUUGAAGUAGCUCUUGCAUGUAUUAAUUAACUAAUAUAUAGUUUACAAUACAAUUAUGUUUGUUUUUGUGCAAUCUUUAGUCCAUAUUACAA